GGCCGUGGCGCCGCAGCAGAGGCGCUCCCGAGCGGGUGAAGGCGGCUCGGUCAGGUGGCGCUGGGCGGCGGCGGCCGUGCCCUCCGCAGCUGAAGAAAAUGGUAUUCGAGUCGCUGGUCGUGGACGUGUUGAACCGCUUCCUGGGGGACUACGUGGUGAACCUGGACACGUCCCAGCUGUCCCUGGGCAUCUGGUCAGGAGCUGUGGCCCUCAAGAAUCUUGAAAUUAAAGAAAAUGCUUUGAGUCAGCUGGAUGUGCCAUUUAAAGUUAAAGUUGGUCAUAUAGGUACUCUUAACCUUGUAAUUCCGUGGAAAAAUCUUUAUACUCAACCAGUUGAAGCUAUAUUGGAAGAAAUUUAUUUGCUCAUAGUGCCUUCUUCUAGAAUAAAAUAUGAUCCUUUAAAAGAAGAAAAACAACUCCUAGAAGCAAAGCAGCAAGAAUUAAAAAGGAUAGAAGAAACAAAACAAAAAGUUGAUCAAGAACAACAUCAGACUGAGAAGCAGGACACUUUUGCAGAAAAAUUAGUCACUCAGAUCAUAAAAAAUCUUCAAGUGAAAAUUUCCAACAUUCAUAUCCGUUAUGAAGAUGAUAUUACAAAUCGAGACAAGCCACUGUCUUUUGGUAUUUCCCUUCAAAAUCUCAGCAUGCAGACAACUGAUCAAAACUGGGUUCCAUGUUUACAUGAUGAAACUGAGAAACUAGUUCGUAAGUUAAUUCGAUUGGAUAACCUUUUUGCCUAUUGGAAUGUGAAUUCUCAGAUGUUUUAUCUUCAUGAUUAUGAUGAAUCAUUGGACCGCUUGAAGAAUGGCAUUGUCAAUAAAAAAAUCAUUCCAGGAGGUUAUGAUUUUGUAUUUCGCCCCAUAUCUGCUAAUGCCAAGCUCCAGAUGAAUCGCCGAUCAGAUUUUGACUUUUCUGACCCCAAAAUAAACUUGGAAGUUGAGUUACAUAAAAUAGCAAUUGAAUUUAAUAAACCACAGUAUUUCAGUGUUGUGGAGCUUCUUGAGUCAGUUGACAUGAUGAAACAAAAUGUGCCUUAUAGGAAGUUCAGACCUGAUGUGCCUCUUCACUACCAUGCCAAGGAAUGGUGGGAGUAUGCUGUACGUGGUGUUCUUGAAGUAAAUGUUUGCCCCAGAUUACGAAUGUGGUCCUGGAAGCAUAUUAGCGAACACAGACAAAAAAUGAAGCAGUAUAAAGAAUUGUAUAAACGGAAGCUAACAAGUAAGAAGCCAUCUGGUGAAAUUCUCAUGCCUUUGGAGGAAUUGGAGAAAACCCUGGAUGUCUUUAAUAUAACUAUAGCUAGACAACAGGCAGAAGUUGAGGUAAAGAAAGCUGGACACAGGAUUUAUAAAGAAGGAGUAAAAGAUCCAGAGGAUAAGAAAGGAUGGUUUAGCUGGCUGUGGACUUGGUCAGAAUCAAAAACCAGACAUACUAAACAGCAACCAGAUGUUAAACCUGGAAUUCUUGAAGAAAUGUUGACACCUGAAGAAAAAGUUUUACUCUAUGAAGCCAUUGGCUAUAGUGAAACAGCGGUUGAUCCAACUUUGCCAAAAACAUUUGAAGCUGUGAAGAUUUUUAUUCACUUGAAAAGUAUGUCUGUUGUUCUAAGAGAAAAUCACCAAAAGCCUGAACUCAUAGACAUUAUAGUAGAAGAAUUUAGUACUUCAAUUGUGCAAAGACCAGGAGCACAAGCAAUAAAAUUUGAAACCAAAAUUGAUUCAUUUCAUGUUACUGGCUUACCAGAUAAUUUUAAAAAACCUCACCUUCUGACUUCAUUGGAUGAUGCAUCACUCUUCCAAAUUACAUUUGAGAUAAAUCCACUAGAUGAAACUGUUGCUCAGAGGUGUAUCAUAGAAGCUGAACCUUUAGAAAUAAUAUAUGAUGCAAGGACAGUGAAUAGUAUAGUGGAAUUCUUCAGACCUCCUAAAGAGGUACAUCUAGCACAGCUCACUUCAGCAACUUUGACAAAACUUGAAGAAUUUCGAGAUAAGACAGCAACAGGUCUGCUGUACAUUAUUGAAACCCAGAAAGUUCUUGACCUCAGAAUUAAUUUGAAGGCUUCCUAUAUUAUUGUUCCGCAAGAUGGAGUUUUCAGCCCUUCAUCAAAUCUACUUCUUUUGGAUCUUGGUCAUCUAAAGGUGACAAGUAAAAGUCGUUCGGAAUUACCAGAUAUGAAACAAGGUGGACCGAACCUUGAAGAGAUAAGGCACAGAGCUUAUGAUUCUUUUGAUGUUCAGCUUACAAGCAUACAACUGCUUUAUAGUAGAGUGGGUGAGAAUUGGAAAGAGGCACGAAAACUUAAUGUAUCUACACAGCAUAUUUUGGUACCCAUGCAUGUAAAUGUGGAACUCUCUAAAGCAAUGGUUUUCAUGGAUAUUAAAAUGCCCAAGUUCAAGAUUUCUGGAAAGUUGCCUCUUGUUUCCAUACGAGUCUCAGAUAAAAAACUGCAAGGGAUUAUGGAAUUGGUUGAAAGCAUUCCAAAACCUGAACCUGUAACUGAUGUAUCUGCACCUAUCAAAUCAUUUCAGAUUCAAACAUCAUCUUCUUUCGGAACAUCGCAGAUUUCACAGAAAAUUAUUCCCUUCUUGGAACUUCCAUAUGUUACUGAAGAUGACUCAGAGGAAGAAUUUUUUGAUGCACCAUGUAGCCCCCUGGAAGCACCUCCUCGAGUUCUAACUAGAGUUAAAAGUAUUCAACAAAGAAAAUUAGAAAAGCAAGAUAGUCCAGUAAAUUUGACUCAGUUUAAAAUACGAUUUGAAGUAGAAGAGGUUUUGAUUCAAUUUUAUCAUCUUGAAGGAGAUUGUGAACUACCUGUGGUAGAAAUUGAUGUUUUAAGGUCAGGCAUGGAAGUUGAAAUUAGAGCAUUUGAUUUGAAAGCAAAUGCCUUUUUGAAAGAGUUCUGCUUAAAAUGUCCAGAAUUCUUCGAUGAAAAUAAAAAACCGGUAUAUUUGGUCACAACACUGGAUAAUACAAUGGAAGAUCUAUUAACGUUGGAAUAUGUGAAGGCUGAAAAAAAUGCACCUAACUUGAAAAGUACCUAUGGCAAUGUUUUACAGCUGAUCAAGGUGAAUUUUUCCUCUUUGGAUAUUCAUUUACAUACGGAAGCACUUCUAAAUACAAUAAAUUAUCUUAAUAAAAUCCUUCCACCCUCUGUGGAAAAAUCAGCAUCAGUGCCUAUUGUGGAGACUGAAGACAAAGGAGAAGUCAUUAAAAAAUUAGCUUUCAAGCAAUCCAUGAAUGAAGAUAUUAUUACCUUGCAGAUUUUAGCAGAAUUAUCAUGUUUACAGAUUUUUAUUCAAGAACAGAAACGUAAUAUUUCUGAAAUUAAGAUCGAAGGGCUUGAUUCUGAGAUGAUUAUGAGGCCUUCAGUAAUUUUAAUAAAUGCAAAGCUAAGGAAUAUAACUGUUUUGGAUUCAGAUACAAUGGCUGUAUAUAAAAAGGCUGUUUAUAUCACUGGCAAAGAAGUUUUCAGUUUCAAAAUGGUUUCUUACAUGGAUGCAACUGCUGGCUCUGCAUACACAGAUAUGAACGUGGUAGACCUUCAGGUUAAUUUAACUGUUGGUUGUAUUGAAGUAGUUUUUGUCACAAAAUUUCUAUAUUCUAUAUUGGCUUUUAUAGAUAAUUUUCAAGCAGCUAAAGAAGCCUUGGCUGAAGCAACUGUCCAGGCAGCAGGAAUGGCUGCUACUGGUGUAAAAGAACUGGCAAAAAGGAGUUCAAGAUUAGCACUGGAUGUUAAGAUCAAAGCCCCAGUGGUGGUCAUCCCGCAGUCUCCAGAUUCAGCAAAUAUUUUUGUAGCUGAUUUUGGGCUGAUUACAAUGACCAAUAAAUUUAUUAUGGUGACAGAGAGCCAGAGCAAUCCUCCCCCUGUUAUUGAUCUGAUAACAAUAAAGCUGAGUGAAAUGAGACUUUAUAGGUCUCUAUUUAUUAAUGGUGGAUACCAAGAAGUACUGGAUCUACUACUGCCAUUAAAUCUUGAAGUGGUUGUUGAGCGAAAUUUAUCCUGGGAUUGGUACCAAGAAGUUCCUUGUUUUAAUGUAAAUGCUCAGUUAAAACCCAUGGAGUUCAUUCUUAGUCAAGAAGAUAUAACAACUAUUUUUAAAACAUUGUAUGGAAAUAUAUGGUAUGAAGGUGUCUGUACCUCAUCUGCUGUAACUAAAGACCAGAGUAGUAGUACCAGUGGAGUCACUAAUGAGUCACAGCAUUCAGGAGGAGCAACUGUGGUGACAGCUGCUGUGGUAGAAGUAUAUUCACGUGCCUCUCAAAUUAAGACAACACUGAAUAUAAGUUUCAGAACUGAUUAUCUCACCAUGGUACUGUACAGUCCAUCUCCUGAACCAGCAUCCUUUUCAGAUGUUCGUGAUCCUUCUCUGCAGCUUGCUGAAUUUAAAUUGGAAAAUAUUAUAAGUACUUUAAAAAUGUAUACAGAUGACUCUACAGUUUCUUCUUUCUCAUUAAAAAAUUGUAUUUUAGAUGACAAAAGACCUCAUGUCAAGAAAGCGACCCCUAGAAUGAUAGGACUGACUGUUGGGUUUGACAAAAAGGACAUGAUGGAUGUAAAGUAUAGGACAAUCAGAGAUUGUUCUGUGACUGAUGCUGUCUUUCAAGAAAUGUAUAUUUGUGCAAGUGUGGAAUUUCUUUUGACCGUUGCAAAUGUCUUUUUUGAGGCAUAUACCACAGGCACUACUUUAGAAACCACUGUUCAAACAUGGGCUACAAAGGAAGAAGUACCUAUACAGGAACCAGAGAAAUGGGAAAUCAACAUUCUUAUUAAAAAUCCAGAAAUUGUGUUUGUGGCUGACAUGACAAGUAACGAUGCUCCUGCCUUAGUAUUAACAACACAGUGUGAAAUUUUCUGUAAAGGUGACCUUGAAAACAGUACAGUGACUGCUGCCAUUAAAGAUCUCCAAGUCAGAGCAUGCCCAUUUCUUCCAGUCAAGAGAAAAGGCAAAGUUGCUACUGUUUUGCAGCCCUGUGACUUGUUUUAUCAGGCUACUCAGAUAGGUAAAGAUCCACAAGUGAUUGAUAUAUCAGUAAAAUCCCUUACACUAAAGGUUUCACCAGUUAUCAUAAAUACCAUGAUUACUAUAACUUCAGCACUUUAUACAACUAAGGAAACCCUCCCAAAAGAAACCGCUUCCUCUAUAGUACAUUUGUGGGAAAAAAAGGAUACAAAGAACUUAAAAAUGUGGUUCCUUGAAGAAUCAAAUGAAACUGAAAAAAUAGCUCCUACAGCUGAAUUAGUGCCCGAAGGAGAGAUGAUAAAAAUGAAUAUUGAUUCUAUUUUUAUAGUUCUAGAAGCUGGAGUUGGUCAUAGGACAGUGCCUAUGCUUUUAGCAAAGUCACGUUUUUCAGGGGAAGGCAAAAACUGGAGCACAUUAAUAAAUCUCCAUUGUCAGGUUGAGCUAGAGGUUCAUUAUUAUAACGAAAUGUUUGGUGUAUGGGAGCCUUUGCUUGAACCUUUAGAAAUUGAUCAGACUGAGGAUUUUAGACCAUGGAAUCUUGGAAUCAAGAUGAAAAAGAAACCCAAAAAGGCCAUUGUUGAGUCAGAUACUGAAGAAGAAAACUACAAAGUGCCAGCAUAUAAAACUGUCACCAGUUUCUAUUCAAAAGAUCAAUUAAACAUUACAUUAUCCAAAUGUGGCCUUGUAAUGUUAAAUAAUUUAGUCACGGCAUUUACAGAAGCUGCUACUGGAUCUUCAUCUGUCUUCAUAAGGGAUCUAGCACCAUUUAUAAUUUUGAAUUCUCUUGGACUUACUAUAUCAGUUUCACCAAGUGAUGCUUUUAACGUACUCAAUGUUCCUUUGGCAAAAUCAUAUAUAUUGAAAAAUGAAGAGAGUUUAAGUAUGGAUUAUGUAGGAACUAAGGACAAUGAUCAUUUCAGUGCAAUGACCAGCUUAAGCAGCAAACUCUUCUUCAUUCUUCUUACGCCUGUUAACCACUCAACUGCUGAUAAGAUUCCUUUAACAAAAGUGGGACGACGUCUGUACACUGUAAGACACAGAGAAUCUGGAGUUGAAAGAUCUAUUGUUUGUCAAAUUGAUGCAGUAGAAGGAAGUAAGACAGUAACAAUCCGCUCACCAGUGCAGAUUAGAAAUCAUUUUUCAGUCCCAAUUUCUGUUUAUGAAGGAGACACUUUCUUGGGAAUUGCUUCACCUGAGAAUGAAUUCAACAUACCAUUAGCAUCAUACCGAUCAUUUCUUUUUCUGAAGCCAGAUGAUGAGGACUAUCAAAUGUGUGAAGGCAUUGACUUUGAAGAAAUUAUCAAAAAUGAUGGAGCUGUUCUAAAGAAGAAAUGUAGAUCUAUAAACCCUUCUAAGAAAUCAUUUAUUAUUAAUAUUGUUCCUGAAAAAGAUAAUUUGACAUCUCUCUCAGCAUAUUCAGAAGAUGGGUGGGACCUACCAUACAUAAUGCAUUUGUGGCCACCAAUCCUACUCCAAAAUCUCCUUCCUUACAAAAUUGCUUAUUAUCUAGAGGGGAUUGAAAAUACAGUUUUUACUCUAAAUGAAGGACAGUCAGCCCAGAUGUGUGCUGUACAAAUGGACAAAGCCAGAUUACAUUUAAAAUUACUUAACUAUCUUAAUCAUGAUUGGAAAGGUGAAUAUCACAUAAGAUCUAAUGAAGAAGACAUUAGUUUCAUCACCUUUACCUGUGUUUCAGAAAUGGAAAAGACUGACUUAGAUAUUGCUAUCCACAUGACUUACAAUACUGGUCAGGCUGUGGUGGCAUUUCAUAGUCCAUAUUGGAUGGUCAAUAAAACUGGUCGAAUGUUACAGUACAAAGCAGAUGGAAUUCAUCGAAAGCAUCCACCUAAUUAUAAAAAGCCAGUUCUCUUUUCUUUUCAGCCAAAUCACUUUUUUAAUAACAAUAAGGUUCAGCUUAUGGUAACUGAUAGUGAGUUGUCAGAUCAGUUUUCAAUUGACACAGUUGGUAGUCAUGGAGCUGUUAAAUGUAAAGGCCCACAAAUGGAUUAUCAAGUUGGUGUCACUAUAGACCUCAGCAGUUUUAACAUUACAAGAAUUGUGACAUUUACCCCUUUUUAUAUGAUUAAAAACAAAAGCAAAUAUCAUAUAUCAGUGGCUGAAGAGGGACUUAAUAAAUGGCUUUCUCUUGAUUUGGAGCAGUGUAUCCCCUUUUGGCCUGAGGAUGCUUCCAGUAAACUUCUUAUUCAAGUUGAAAACAAUGAAGGUCCUCCCAAAAGGAUAUAUUUUAACAAGCAAGAAAAUUGUGUUUUAUUGCAUCUGAAUGAUGAGCUUGGAGGUAUUAUAGCAGAAGUUAAUUUAGCUGAACAUUCUACAGUUAUUACAUUUUCAGAUUAUCAUGAUGGAGCAGCGCCAUUCCUAUUAAUAAAUCACACCAGGAAUGAACUUGUUCAGUACAAACAAAGUUCUCUUAGUGAGAUAGAAGACUCUCUUCCUCCUGGAAAGGCAGUGUUUUAUACGUGGGCUGAUCCAGUGGGCUCUAGAAAGCUGAAGUGGAGUUGUGGAAAAAGCUAUGGUGAAGUAACACAAACAGAUGAUAUGAUGACAGCUGUAAAUUUAGGACAGAAGAUCAUUUAUUUAGUUUCAUUCUUUGAAGGCUUGCAACGCAUUAUUUUAUUCACUGAAGAUUCAAAGGUGUUUAAAGCAACGUAUGAAAGUGAGAAAGCGGAGUUAGCAGAGCAAGAAAUUACACUGGCAUUACAAGAUGUUGGAAUUUCUCUUGUGAACAAUUACACAAAGCAAGAAGUGGCCUACAUAGGCAUUACGAGUUCUGAUGUAGUUUGGGAAACAAAGCACAAGAAGAAAGCAAGGUGGAAGCCAAUGAGUGUAAAGCACACUGAGAAGUUGGAAAAAGAAUUUAAGGAAUACACUGAAUCUUCACCUUUAGAAGAUAAGAUUAUUGAGUUGGACACCAGCAUUUCGGUUCGCUUAACACCUAGCGGGAAUAGCAUGAAAAUUCUGCAACCACAUGUAAUACCUCUCCGAAGAAAUUAUCUUCCAGCAUUAAAAGUUGAAUAUAGCACGUCUGCACAUCAGUCAUCAUUCCGAAUUCAGAUUUACAGAAUACAGAUCCAAAACCAGAUUCAUGGUGCUAUUUUUCCAUUCGUGUUUUAUCCUAUUAGACCUCCAAAGUCUGUCACCAUGGACUCAGCACCAAAGCCCUUUACAGAUGUCAGUAUUGUCAUGAGAUCUGCAGGACAUUCCCAGAUAUCACGUAUUAAGUAUUUCAAAGUAUUGAUUCAAGAAAUGGAUCUCAGGUUAGAUCUUGGAUUUGUCUAUGCUUUAGCAGACCUUAUGACAGAAAAUGAAGUGACUGAGAAAACAGAGGUUGAGCUUUUCCAUAAAGAUAUAGAAGCUUUUGAAGAAGAAUAUGAAACAGUUUCGCUGGUAGAUCAAUCACAAGUCAGCCUCUAUGAAUAUUUUCAUAUAUCUCCUAUCAAGUUACAUCUGAGUGUUUCACUGAGUUCGGGUGGAGAAGAAGCUAAAGAUUCUGAACAACGUGGAGGACUGAUUCCAUUUCAUUCUUUAAAUCUUUUGCUGAAGAGUAUUGGUGCCACUCUUACAGAUGUACAAGAUGUAGUUUUUAAGCUUGCCUUUUUUGAACUCAACUAUCAGUUUCAUACAACUUCUCAACUACAAUCUGAAGUAAUAAAACACUAUUCAAAACAGGCCAUUAAGCAGAUGUAUGUACUCAUUCUUGGCCUUGAUGUUUUGGGAAAUCCAUUUGGCUUAAUAAGGGAAUUUUCAGAAGGUGUAGAGGCAUUUUUUUAUGAACCUUACCAGGGAGCCAUCCAGGGUCCUGAAGAGUUUGUGGAAGGCAUGGCACUAGGACUAAAGGCACUCGUCGGGGGAGCUGUUGGUGGAUUGGCUGGUGCUGCCUCAAAAAUCACUGGUGCUAUGGCUAAAGGUGUAGCAGCCAUCACAAUGGAUGAAGAUUACCAGCAGAAAAGAAGAGAAGCCAUGAACAAGCAGCCAGCUGGUUUUAGAGAAGGGAUCACCCGUGGAGGAAAAGGCUUGGUUUCUGGUUUUGUAAGUGGCAUUACAGGAAUUGUUACAAAACCAAUCAAAGGGGCUCAGAAAGAAGGAGCAGCUGGUUUCUUUAAAGGUGUUGGGAAAGGUUUAGUUGGGGCAGUGGCCAGGCCAACUGGAGGCAUCAUAGACAUGGCUAGCAGUACAUUUCAGGGGAUAAAAAGAGCUACAGAGACUUCUGAAGUGGAGAGUCUACGACCACCUCGAUUCUUUAAUGAGGAUGGAGUCAUCAGGCCUUACAGGUUGAGGGAUGGUACCGGAAAUCAGAUGUUACAGGCAUCAAAAAGUUUGAUAUGAACAUUUAAUGCAUGACUUUGCAAGUAAAAGACAGCAGUAGAUUUCAGUCUUAAGAUUUUUACAAACUACAUACACCUGUCUCACUAUUUUGAAUAUUUUUAAAAAGCUUUUAUAUUGGUAAUUUUUAAUAGAAAUUGUAGUAUAUCUGAUCUUUUUAUACGUUAUUCUUAGUUCUUCCCUGAAUUUGCUAGAUGUGUUGAAAGCCAAAGUACCUUAUGUACUCUUGUAGUUGGUGGUAUUUAGCCAGAUAAACUGCUUCUGUUUGGGGUUCUUCCUUCUGUUUAUCAAACCACUAGUCUUUAUAUCACAUAUAAUCCUUACCUCCAGUUAGAUAUGACAAAGGAAAAACAAAACUCAGAAACAGUUUAUAGAUAAUUCAGGAGUUCUUAUGCUUUGCUUUUUAACAUGCUUAAUGGCCAUGAGUUUCCUAUCUGUUCUAGUGUAGUAUAUAUAAAAUUGUGAGAUUUGAUACUCCAUUCACAUGGAAAUCAGUUAUCUUUCACUAAGAUUAGCUUUUGGGAAAGUAGACAGUUUGAAGGUAAAAUAUUUUACUUAUACAGGCAGCUCUCAUAAUAAAUUGGACUUCCAAAAAUCUGGGUUAUAGUGUCGAUAACAGUACUCAUAUACAAGGCCAUGCCAGUACAAACAUGUUUCUGUGGUAUAAAUGUGUUAUACUACUUUAAGCCAUUUUGUUUGAAUAAAAUAAGAAGUAUGUUGUAUAGACUUGAGAGUAGUAAUACAUCAGCACUGGAUAGAACCUUUGGUAUUUUAAAUAUUGUUAUGUUUAAAAUAACCAGGAUAAAGAUUUAAAACUUCAGUAUUUCACUGAUUGCAUAUAUAGCAUAUAGUACUGCAUCUGUGUGGUCCUUCUAUUAAUAUAUUAUAAUACAACCAUAGAGCUAAUGUACAAUAUUAGGUAAAGUGACUUGAAAAUGUUUUUAAAGUAUCAAAAUACUUGCAUAUUGGAAUAGAAUUGGUAUUCUAUUGAAAAGUUGUGCUUUAAAAGACAUAUCAUGCAAUGAUGUGACAGUAGAUCUUUUAAGAGUACAGAUACACUGUAGAGUGACAGUAUAUAUCUUUUAAGAUAGAAAAGUUGCAGAAAUCUUCUAUGGGUAAUACAGUUAAAAAAUUUAAGAGUACAGAUAUACUGUACAGUGACAGUAUAUCUUUUAAGAUAGGAAAGUUGCAGAAAUCUUCUAUGGCUAAUACAGUUGAAAAAUUUGACCCAAUACCUGCAUUCCCUUGUUAGAGCACAGUUAACAUGUUGCUAACAUUUUACUGAUUAAAAGCUGAGUGAUUUUCAAAUCCCUUUUUAAAAAUUAGAAAUAUAUCUUGAGAAACUUUUAAUAAAUUUAUUAGGAGGUAAGAAGCAGUAGUGAGGAGAAUGUAGAAACAUGCGUUGCAUAUAUGGUAACUUAUGGGAAAAUAUGAGUUACCAAAAAAUGGUUGCUAUUUUAUUUCAGUGGCAAAUUUAUAAAUUUAUUCUAUACCUCUUUUGUGAUACACAAGCCUUUCUACUUUUAAAGAAUCACAUUAUUUUUAGUAGACCAGACUUCGCCAAAAGAGUGGUUUCAGUGGGUAAAAUCUCAUCAUCUUUGUCAGCUAUUACUUAGUUUUCAGCAAGCGUGUGAAGUACAUCAUUACCUAGAGAGCCUACAGGAAUUCAUGAGAUGCCUCGGCAUGUUUUCAGUUACCCUUAUUCUCUUAUAAGUGAACUGUUGUCUUAGUGGCAGGGUGCUUUUUAAGUCAAAAUCUACUUGUAUUAUUAGCAAAUGUGUUAAACCAUAUAAAUACCAGUACUUUGAAAAAUAAUUAGACGGCAUAUAAACUGGAUUUAAAGUCUCACCUAAGGGAUUUAAUGAUGGUGCCUUAGAAAAUGUUUGUUUUCAGCUGUUUCUCCUUUUAUUUUUCAUUUCUAAAAAAGAUUCUGUGUCCACUAAGUUAUAUAUGUUCAUAUGUAAUAAUUGAAUAUAAAGUACAUUCUUUCGUUGGGUAACUUCCUAUCCAGAAAACAGCACAUUAUAAUAAUGCUUGCUUCCUGGUAGUCAAGUUGCCUACUAGAAAAUUAGUAUUUGUACACUGAGUGUGUAUAAACUAGUUGAUGUUAGUCUUAGGCCAAUGAAGUUAUAAAAUACUAUAUCUAUGAUUAUAGCUUGAAUUACAGCUACUAGCUUCUCAAACAUUUCAUAAUUUUAUGUCUUCCAAGCAAUCUUCCACACUUUACUAACCUUUACGCUUCUCUUUCCCUUUACCAUGCUUACAGAAAAUUCAGGUCUACAGGGAGUGGAUUAUGACUCAUAAUAACAGUAGUGAUGAUGAUGAUGGUGAUGAUGAUGAUGAUUAGUCAGAUCUAAUCUGUUAAAAUGCACAUAUUCUUUACCAUUUUACUCGGAAUGUUUCAUUAACAUUUUGAAUGACUGCUAUUACAAAGCCUGUAUUUCCAUUUUAGGGAGGUAAAACACUUUUUUUAAAAAAAUGUUUUUCUGAAUGUCAUGUAAAGCAAAAUAAUUGCAUUAUUUAAGCAUAGGAAAAAAUGUAUUUUACAUCCAAAGUAGGGCAUACUACAUAUUACAGAUUUGCUUCCCUUUAUUUCAUAACUUUGUGUUAUAGUUUGUCUUUAAGAUUUUAAAUUUAUAUUUCAUUAUGUUUUUAAUGCUCAGUAGUUUUAUUUUACAUUACCUGCUUGUUUGUUACCAAAAUGCUUUUUUUUAAUUCUGUAAAUUUCUGGGCUUAAUAUAAUACUAUUGUGUAACAAAAGAGAAUAGUAACAGCAUUCAAUGUACUAUAUUUAUCUAGCAUUUUAAAGGUAUUUUUGUCAACCUUCUGUUAAUAAUAAACUCAUAUAACUUCAAA